AUGCAUGGCGGUGAGAUUAGACACUAUAGUGAUCUUGUGCGUGAGACAAAAAAUCCACAUGAGUUGCAGAAUUUGGAAUUCAUGCACAUAGAAGAUACUUCUCUUGAAAACAACUUUCUUCACAAAAUUGGUGCAAUGCCUUCUAUCAAGCAACUAAGCUUAACGGGUUGUGGACUCAAUGGCACCUUACAUACCCAAGGUUUUUGUGGCUUGACAAAUCUCAGACUCUUGGAUAUGAGCAACAAUAAUCUGAAGGGUACUUUGCCAGAAUGUUUUUACAAUUUCACAUCUCUUGAGAAUUUAGAUCUCUCUUCCAAUCAGUUAUCUGGAGAUGUAUCUGCCCUUAAGUCUUUAACAUCCCUCGUAGAGUUGAGACUUUCAAACAAUUAUUUCAAAAUCCCAAGCUCAUUGGAGCCCUUCUUCAACCUUUCAAAACUCAAGCAUUUCAAUGCGGACAACAAUACCAUAUACAUUGAAAGUGAGAUGCAACCUUUGGCCCCAAGAUUCCAAUUGAACCUUAUCAGUUUAUCUAGUUGUGGAGAUGUAGGACAAUUUCCUCAUAUUUUGUUCCAUCAACAUGACUUAAGGCAAGUUUAUCUCUCUAACAACAACUUUAGAGAGGGAUUUCCAAAUUGGUUGUUGAAUAACAACGCAAAUUUGGAAAGGUUAGUUCUUGCUAACAGCUCUCUCCAAGGUCAUUUUGAGUUACCUUUCCUUCCGCAUACGGACUUAUCGUAUUUGGAUGUCUCAGAAAAUUCAUUCUAUACCAAUCUUCCAAUUGAUAUUGGGGAAAAACUACCAUCAUUGUCGUUUCUGAACAUGUCAAAAAAUCAAUUUCACGGUAGCAUUCCUCUUCGAUUGGUGAUAUGA